GCUGCGUGCAGAAGCCCAGUCUCCAGAAGCGUCCAGUCCAACGACGCCAACGAGCUGACCGCGUCUGGCAGCGUGCUGCAAAACGAGUGCCAGCGCAGUGUCUGCUCACCUCUGCGGGCCGAAGUCAUCGUUCCUGCAGAAGGAUGAAACCACCAGUGUCGUCUUCACCUUGUGUUAAUGAACAAGAGGAGUGCAAGGCUCCAGCUAAUCAGUGCAGCAUCACAGACGAGCCCAUUGGCACCUGUGCAAAGCCAGCUGUCACCUGUGAGCCUCAGUGGAAUGGACAGGCAAACACUGCCUGUGAAGGUGGUGCAAUGCAAGUCGACGUCACUGAGCCUCUGCAGAAUGGCCAAGUAGACGCUAGCUCUCAGAAUGGUGUCGAACGACUUAGCACAAGUGAAAUUGACGUGAACGGCAGACUAGGCAUCAGCUCAGCAGACGACACGGUGGCUGUUGGCACCAGAGAAGAUCGGCAGGGAGACGAAGUGGAUGUCGAUUCUGAAUACGCUGCGGGAGAACUUCCCUGCGACCAAGAUGAAGAUCUAGAUGAGCAGCUUGAAGCAGCUUACAGCGCUGGCAAAACAGUGGACUCCAAAGACGACGACAACGCUCCUGCUGAAGACUGGGAGACUGAAAUAGUCCCACCUGCCUUUAUCGUGCCUGAAAAAGCAUACCUGUACGGGAAGAAAGUGUUUGUUCCUUCUGACCUCCACGCUCCGACUGCACGUCGAAGGUGUCCACAGUUUAACGUUGUCCAAGGACAGUUUGACGAUGCCGACACGUGAACUGUUAUAGUGGCACACUUGGAGCUUUUCCGUGUGUCGCACAGUUACAUUGUGAAAAUAGCCCGUGCAAAGAUGUUUUCUGGGCAACAAUUCACCAAGAGAAUGAUCUGUCGAAGAGUGCACACUGGUCUAUGUUGUGUCUUUUUGGAUUUUAAUUCUUUUGCAUUGUGACAGAUGCGAAGCAAUGUUUACAUCCUGAAAAAGUGCAGUAUGGCCUUCUUUGCUUAAUAUAAAUUUUAUUUGUGUUACUAUCCCAGAGCAUCCUCAGGAAUGUGAGUCUUUUGCUUUGUUUGUGAUUUUAGUGCUACCACUGCUGGAUAAUGCAUAGCAGAGAGCACCGACUUAUCUUUUAAGAGUUCCUCAGUUGUGUAAGCAUGCCAGUGUUUUGUAUGAGGCAAGGCAGAUGUGGUUGAAUUAAAGUGCAUGCCAGCUGCGGCACUGUCGGCUAGGCUGUUCUAUUCACUGUGAACUUGCCUGACCUACCACAAGGUGUUCACUUCUUGCUGUGUUAAAGGUUAAAGAAGUGGGUGGCUUUAUGCUUAAUUUAUUAGAGCUUCAGUUGAAUGCCAUCCAGUUUGCAUAAUUGAAAACCUAUUUUCUUGAUGAGAGCAAAAGUUUUGGCGAACAUGGACAUUAACAGCAUGGCCUUGCAGUUGACGGUAAGGAGCAGUGAAGUGCUCACAACUAGGUUCAUAGUAUUUCUCUUUGUCUUACUGGUUGUACCUGAGCCAAAACAAAACGCCACAAAACAGUGGACCUAUUCUUAGACAGUUUCAGAGCUCUUUGUUUCUGCCUUCAAUCUUGUUCAACUACUGCAGUGCGAUGAGUUUUGAUGUGAUGGGAAAAGUAUGCCCUACUUUUUAAUGGCCAAAUAAAUGCUGCUAGUGAUUGAG